GGCUGGUGUUACACAGAACUUUGUCCCCCGCAUGUGUCGCCGCAGCCGGUUGGUGAACUCUGUCAACAUGGCCAGUGCGGUGUGUACCAGAUUCCUCCUCCAGAGAUCAACACAGGGGUUUCUCUUCUCGUCCAGAACAGGAGCAGCUUUCUCCAGCCCGUUUCUUUGCCGUGCACAUAGAUUGGGUCCCAGCGAUGAUGAAAUGUACCAACGUACCUCGGUGUCCGUCAUGCAGAAGGAGCCGGGCAGCGGGGCCCUGAUCCACAGCUACAGCUCCAGAGGAUUCAACAUCGACGGCAACAAGGUGUUCGGGCCCUGUGCUGUGCUGCCUCCUGCUAUCCUCCAGUGGAAUGUUGGCAGUUAUGAAGACAUCUCAGAAGAAAGUGUCUCACUCUUCCACAUGCUUGAACCAAGAAUAGAGAUUCUUGUGCUGGGCACAGGUGCACGUGUUGAAAGAAUUAACCCUUCGGUCCUGGCUCUGCUCAAACGUAAAGGCAUCGCAGUGGAGGUGCAAGACACGCCAAAUGCAUGUGCAACCUUCAACUUCCUAGCCAGUGAGCGAAGGGUGGUGGCUGCUGGUCUGAUCCCUCCGCCCGUCAGCACGGCGCUGGAGGUGAGACAGGAAUAAGUGUUGCCAUGUCAACAGAAGCUAGGACUGAUUUCUGCAGAUGGAGGAUAGAGGUUUACAAAUGAACCCAGGCCUUUGAGAUGGUUAUUCUUCUUCUUCAAGAAGCAUUCCAAGGAACAAACUCCGUGACACAGCUCUGAAGAAUCACUGUAUUUUAAAAAGCAGCUGCCGUCACCCAGUGAUCUGAGGAGUGAGCGAACCAGAGAGACUGUAAAAAGUGUUCUUGUAUAGAAAAACUGUGUUAUGUGUAUGAAAUAUAUUUAAAAGCUUUACAUGCAACAAACCGCUCAUGUGUCAUGAAUUGAAUGUGUUUUCCAGGAAUAAGGAAUAUUUAUUAUUUAAAAAGGUACAGGGAUGAGUUGCUAUUGUCUUUGCAGUAGAUAAAAGUGUUUUGUAUUAAAAACAAAAUGUAAAACAUCUUUGUGUAUGAAUAUGUUCCAGCCCUCUGCCCGAGGUGUUGGUGGUGACUGUCCUUGAUUUGGAUAAGCCUCUUUACUCUGUGCGUCGGUCUGUCCCGCCUCUGCCUCCAGCAGCGCUGCCACCUACAAGCUGCCUAUGUGCAGCACAUGACAAUGUUCAGUGGCUUUGUCCUCCUCACACAUAAGCUCCCAUAGAUAAGAGAAUCCACAAAUCCUCUACAUAUCACUGGGAUUCAUCUCUUAAUCAUCUGUCUCUGUGCUACAGGCCCAGCGUCAGUCUGAAAUAUUUAAAUCCCUGCCAUUCACAAACAUGGUGCUGCAUGAUUACUUUCACGUCCUGCUAAUGAGAAAUUGUGAGACUGAUUGGUGCUUAAAGGAAUAAAA